AUGUCUCGAACACCAAUUUCAGACUAUGGGUUAACUGCAAGGGGUCGUCUUGUUUCGGCGAGGACAACAGCUGGUCUUAGUCUCAACAACCUGGGUGUCUUAGCCAAAACACUGUACGAAGGUAGUCCUGCCACGGCCCGUGGAACACCACACACACACGCAGGUUGUAUCGUAAACGAGGACGAAGAAGAUGAUGUUGAUCACCAAACUAGUGUCUGGCCACGAACUGGUCGAAUGUCUGCGGGGAAAUCAGUAGUACAGUCCGAUAUACUCUAUGGUCAGUGUCUCAGUGCUAAGCCCAGGAUGCGUUGA